GGCGUCGCUGAAAACAUUCACCCGUUCACCACAUACACACACCACCAGGAACCCAUUUCACAAUAAACCGAGAAGGCGACAAACAGUCCCGGUCAACUCAGUUCAUAACGGUUUUUUUCCUCACAUCGCAAUGAAAUGAGGGGAGCAUGGGGGCAAAAGAGUCGAGGAUAGGAUUCCUGUCGUAUGACGAGGCCGUCAAGAGAGUCACAGAUGUGGAAUUGAAGCGGCUGAAAGAUGCCUUCAAGAGAACCAGUGGCAUCACCUAUUACAUGACCCAGCAGUGCUUCUACAGGGAAGUGCUGGGAGAUGGAGUACCCCAUAAAGUUGCAGAGGUGAUCUACACCUCGUUUGGAGGCACGUCCAAAGGGCUGCACUUCAACAAUCUGAUCGUGGGUCUGGUACUUCUGACCCGAGGACGCGAUGAGGAGAAGGCCAAGUACCUCUUCAGCCUGUUUGCCAGCGAUCUGGGUGGAUACGCUGCAAGGGAAGAUAUAGAAGCAGUUCUGCAGGUCCUGGAUGGAGAAGUCCCAGCCUCCCUCAAGAAGUGCUUCAGUGAGGGUGACAAGGUCAACUAUGAGCGCUUCAGAAACUGGCUCCUACAGAACAAGGAGGCCUUCACUUUGUCCAGAUGGCUUCUGUCUGGAGGAGUGUGUGUCACACUCACCGAUGACAGCGACACACCCACCUUCUACCAGACCCUGGCAGGCGUCACGCACUUGGAGGAGUCAGAUAUUAUAGACUUGGAAAAGCGCUACUGGCUGCUGAAAGCCCAGUCCAGAACCGGCCGCUUUGACUUGGAAACCUUUGUCCCUCUUGUUUCUCCUCCCAUCCAUGCCUCACUGAGUGAAGGCUUGUUUCACGCCUUCGAUGAGAAUCGGGACAAUCACAUCGACUUUAAAGAGAUCUCUUGUGGACUCUCAGCGUGCUGCAGGGGGCCUGUUGCUGAAAGGCAGAAAUUUUGUUUCAAAGUGUUUGAUGUGGACCGAGAUGGCAUUCUGUCUCGAGAUGAACUCCAUGAAAUGGUGGUGGCCUUGCUGGAGGUGUGGAAGGACAAUCGCACUGACACACUCCCUGAGCUGCAGAGUAGCGUGUCAGACAUAGUAGAGGGCAUCCUGAAGAUGCACGACACAACCAAGCUGGGUCACCUGACCCUGGAGGACUAUCAGAUCUGGAGUGUAAAGAGCGCUUUAGCCAAUGAGUUCUUAAACCUGCUUUUCCAGGUGUGCCACAUAGUCCUGGGGCUCAGGCCUGGUACUCCUGAGGAGGAGGGACAAAUCAUCAGGAGCAUAAGGGCAUCGUGGUGGAGCAGCCGUCCAUCCUGAGCUCGUUGCGAACUCCCAUGGCCACAGCUACUAUAGAGCCCACCCCACCAGACAGACUGGGAGGACUGGGAACCUUCAGCCCUGUCAGCCCCACAGAGGAGAGGUCACCUGAUGCUGUGUCCAGCGCCUCGGAGGCUACAGAGACCGCAGCCCUGAGCCCCCAGGUAGCUCCCUCUGCCACAGAGAGCUGUUUUGCCCGUCAGCACAACGUAUCAGACAACAACAAUCAGUGUUUUUCUGGAGCCAACGGCCACCUCCCCUCCCAGCUGGCAGCACAAAGACCUGGAGCCAUCGACAACCAGCCUCUGGUCAACACUGACCCCAUGAAGGCCCCUACGUUAACCAUGGAGGGUGGCAGACUGAAGCGCUCCUUGCAGCUGGCGCCUGGUAGAGACUUUGAGACCGUGCCAGAGCCGGUGUGGCGGGCGCUCUACCACUGGUACGGUGCCAACCUCAGCCUGCCGCGACCGGUUAUCCUGGAGAGCAAGACAGGGCAACCAGAGCUGGAACUCUUCCCCCGCUACCUCCUCUUCCUCCGCCAGCAGCCGGCCACACGCACCCCCCAGUCCAACAUCUGGGUCAAUAUGGGUAUGACCAGCCUGCGAAUGUUCCCACCGUAUUUGCCCCCACCAAGAGCAGGUAACGUGCCAUCCCCCAAUGCUCCUCUAAAGAGGGUGUUGGCCUACACAGGCUGCUUCAGCCGCAUGGGCACCAUCAAGGACAUCCAUCUAUACCUGUCCCAGAGACUACGCAUCAAGGAGGAGGACAUGAGACUCUGGCUGUACAACAGUGAGAACUACCUCACCCUCCUGGACGAUGAAGAUCACACACUGGAAAGCCUAAAGAUCCAUGAUGAGCAGCAGCUAGUUAUUGAAGUUAGGAACAAAGACAUGAGCUGGCCUGAGGAAAUGUCUUUCAUUGCCAACAGCAGUAAGAUGGACAGACACAAAGUUCCUACAGAGAAAGGAGCCACUGGCCUCAGUAACCUUGGCAACACCUGCUUCAUGAACUCCAGUAUCCAGUGUGUGAGCAACACCAAGCCUCUCACUGACUACUUCAUCUCAGGGCGACACCUCUAUGAGCUCAACAGAACCAACCCCAUCGGGAUGCGAGGUCACAUGGCCAAGUGUUAUGGUGACUUGGUAAUGGAGUUGUGGAGCGGGACACAGAAGAACGUGGCUCCGCUCAAACUCCGGUGGACAAUAGCAAAGUACGCCCCGCGCUUUAAUGGCUUCCAGCAGCAGGACUCCCAGGAGCUGCUAGCCUUCCUGCUGGACGGCCUCCAUGAAGAUCUAAACAGAGUCCAUGAGAAACCCUACGUGGAGCUGAAGGACAGCGAUGGCCGGCCUGACUGGGAGGUGGCCUCUGAGGCAUGGGAGAACCACCUGCGUAGGAACCGCUCCAUCGUGGUGGAUCUGUUCCACGGUCAGCUCAAGUCCCAGGUGAAGUGUAAGACGUGCGGACACAUCAGUGCUCGUUUCGACCCCUUCAACUUCCUGUCUCUGCCCCUGCCCAUGGACAGCUCCAUGCAUCUGGAGAUCACUGUCAUUAAACUGGACGGCUCCACACCCGUACGCUACGGCCUUAGGUUGAAUAUGGAUGAGAAGUACACAGGGCUGAAGAAACAGCUGAGUGAACUGUGCAGUCUGAAGCCUGAGCAGAUCCUCCUGGCUGAGGUCCACACCUCCAACAUCAAGAACUUUCCUCAGGACAACCAGAAGGUCCGGCUGUCUGUCAACGGCUUCCUGUGUGCAUUCGAGAUCCCUGUUCCGGGUUCACCGACAUCGCUAAGCUCACCCACACUAUCAGAUAUCACCCCAAUAGCCAACGGCUCCACUGCUAAUGGGAACUCGGUAAACAAGCCCGUCCUCAUCCCCAACGGUGGGCCCAGCACCAUGGUGCCCUGCAGCCCAGAGACACCCCUGGCCAAUGGGGUCGCCAACGGACACAUCACACCGGUGCAGGAGAGCCCCUUCAUUGGAUACAUCAUCGCCAUGCACAGAAAGAUGAUGCGUACGGAGCUGUACUUCCUGUCAUCCCAGAAGAACCGACCCAGUCUGUUCGGCAUGCCGCUCAUAGUUCCCUGCACUGUCCACACCAGUAAGAAGGAUCUGUAUGACGCCGUCUGGAUCCAAGUGUCCCGACUGGCCAGCCCACUGCCCCCACAGGAAGCCAGCAACCACGCCCAGGACUGUGAUGACAGUAUGGGCUACCAGUACCCCUUCACUUUACGGGUUGUGGGGAAGGAUGGCAACUCAUGUGCCUGGUGUCCCUGGUACAGGUUCUGUCGAGGCUGUACAAUAGAGUGUACAGAGGACAGAGCGUCUGUAGGAAAUGCUUAUAUAGCUGUGGACUGGGACCCCACCGCCCUGCACCUCCGCUACCAGACCUCCCAGGAGAGGAUUGUGGAGGAGCACUGCAGUGUGGAGCAGUCCCGUCGGGCCCAGGCUGAGCCCAUCAGCCUGGACAGCUGUCUGAAGGCCUUCACCAGCGAGGAAGAGCUGGGUGAGGAUGAGCUCUACUACUGCUCCAAGUGCAAGACUCACCGGCUGGCUACCAAGAAGCUGGACCUCUGGAGGCUGCCACCCGUUCUGAUUGUCCACCUGAAGCGCUUCCAGUUUGUGAACGGCCGCUGGAUCAAGUCCCAAAAGAUUGUUAAGUUCCCGCGGGAAAAUUUUGACCCCAGCGCCUUCCUGGCUCCCAGAGACCUGGAGCAGCACUGCCUCCACUCCCGCAGCGAGAGCGAGGAUCUGCUGAGGGUUGGAGAAGACAACCUUUCCUCUAUCUCUGCCCCCGCUGGCUUCUGCAAUCUCCCCAAAGCCUCCCCCACCUCUGGCAGGAAGUCGGCGCCUUCUCUCAGCCGGACCGGCAGCCCCUCCGGCAGCCCUAAGACCGGCAGCGGAGGGCGUAGGCCAGGCCGGCUACGCCUGCCCCAGUUGGGAAGCAGAAACCGCCUCUCCAACAGCAAGGAAAACCUGGAUGGAGCUGCUAAUCCUGAGGCCGAGCCACGGGACGGUGCACCGCAGGCGGACACAGAGGGGAACGCGGCAGGAUCAGGAGAGCCGAUCGUGUCGGAAUCAUCGCUCAGCACUGAGGCGUCCAGCAGCCACUGUGACGUGGUACUGGUGAACGGUGACAGCAACGGGCUGAGCUCAGACUGCAGCACAGAGAGUAGCAUGGACCCUGAUAAUUCACUGCUACAGCACAGAGACAACAUGUGUCUGGACGCCAUCUACAACCUCUAUGCAAUAUCAUGCCAUUCAGGAAUCAUGGGAGGAGGCCACUAUGUGACAUAUGCCAAAAACCCCAAUGAGAAAUGGUACUGUUACAAUGACAGCAGCUGUAAGGAAGUGCACUCUGAGGAGAUCGACACCGACUCGGCCUACAUCCUCUUCUACGAGCAGCAGGGAGUCGACUACUCCCAGUUCCUGCCAAAGAUCGACGGCAAGAAGAUGGCCGACACCAGUAGCAUGGAUGAAGACUUUGAGUCCGACUACAAGAAAUACUGUGUCCUCCAGUGAUGGCACCUCGUCUUCCAUCAGCCAGCACUACAACCUGCUGCUCUAAGCAGGAAGCACCAGACGUUCAGAUCGUUCUGAAGAAUUCUCACAAACUGCUAAUGACUAGAGUCAGAAUGUGCUCUCUGUCUUGCGUCGCAGCACUUUCUACACUUGAUUGCAAACAUGGAUUAGUGCAAAGGUUUGCCUAGACAACGAUGAAGCCCUGGUGAAAAGCACUAAACUGGUGCACUUUGCUGAGCCUAAUGAAACAACCCCCCCCCCCAUGUGAACAACCCUCGCCAUAACACACAUGUAACAUAUACUUGCAUACUACCGCAUUUCUGAAUGUAUGCCAGUACGGCCAAGUCAUGAAGUGAUGUUGCUUUGUUACUGCGCAUUUAUCACUAGUGAUGUCAGAACGAAAAAACAACAUUUACACCUGGAGUCAUCAUGUGAUCUGAGCCUGGAUGUCUGACCUGAAGAAGGAAAACACUGAGACCACAGAAUGAACUCCAGGUGUAAAUGCAAGGCCAAUGAUUGGAUACUGAUUGGAUACUGAUUGAGUUUUAAAUGCCAAGUGUUAAUGGAGCCCAACAGUUAAAGAGCCUGUUUGUGUCAUAUUUGAUGCCACGGGUCAACAUGAAUGAUGUUGAAAUUUGGUAUCUAGUAUAUCAGAUACAGUGACAAGCUUUUUUUUUUUUUUAAAUGGUUGUCUAAAGAUUUUAGCGAUAGUGUCACUAGGGAAAACGUUAGUCAUAUGCUACCUCAUCGCUUCACGCAGUCUGUCAGCCAACUCUACCCUAAAAGUCUGUGUCAGUAUUAAUAAUAAUAAUUAAAAAUGCUUCCUUCCAGUGUAGGAGUCGUGGUACACACAUUUCAGGAAACUUCCCCCCCCCCCCCAAAAAAAUGUUUCCACGCCUUUUGUAAGACACUCGCACAGGUCCCGAUGUGGACAGGAAAUUAGGCAUUUUUGCCCAAACUGUGUAUCAUCCCACAGCUGCCAAAUAUCAGUGGUGAUUUGUGCAAUGUUGGCCUGUGUGUACCCAUAACUUCUGGGAAAGCUUCAGUGAGUCUUGGUUUGCUUAGAACAGGUGCCAUGAUUUCAACAAAGAGACGCUUAAAGAAUAAUAUACAGUAUAUGUUUGUUUGUUUUUUCCUGCAAAUGCGUUGUUUUAUAAAAGAUUUAUUUUAUUGUUGUGAUUUUUUUUUUUCUGAAGGCAGGUUUCAGGAGCCACUUCAGGUCAGGAAUGGAUAUUUAUCUCAAAGCUUGUCCUUUCACCUACUGCAAUUCUCAGCUGUUGUGAUUGAAACUCAUCUGUUUAUACUGAGUUCACACCCUCCCCAAUAAGAAACCAGAAAAAGUUGGAACAUUAGGAUUACACAAUGAUUUUACCUGACCUUUUAGUAUUGUUAUUUAAAGAGUAACUUAAAAGAGUACUCCACUGAUUUGGCAUUGCACUUUUAUCACACAGUCAGACACACAAUGGACAGUCCAACAAAAAAAGGCAUCAAAUUUGAUGCAGCAGAACCAGGUAUAUUGUCUUUUUUUAUUCCACACAUUAUUCUUCUUCAUCAAAACCUAGCGCCUACAUUACCCACAGUGUAACUUGAAUUGAGGACAUUUAUCUUCACUUGACACAUCUCCCUUUGGGGACACACAAGGCUUUAUACAGCUGUUCUUACAUGUGCAGCAGCACUCCCCAGCGCCUGUUAACACACUUUGAGUUCCCCUUUAACAGCAGGCUGAAAGAGUUUCAACCCAGUUUUGUGUGCUUAAUAGCCACCUUUAACCACACCCAGCAGUGAUGUCACAGUGUGCUGUAGUACACCUGUACAUCACUGCAGCAAGCUGAUAGGUGAAACUACCGAUAGUCAGCGAAAACCAGGUUUUCAGGGGGCAUUAAGUUACUCUUAAAGGUCAAUCAUAACACGUCUCUACGUUACCGUAAAUAAAGCGCUGACAUGCACCUUGUGGUGAAUGUUAAGAUGGCACCCUGAUAAAUGUCUGCAGAAGCUUCAGUAACACUUGAUUUUACAGGUCUCAAAGCUGGAUUACCAAUUGGGCAUAGUGGGCUCCACAGCUAGUUUAACAAAUUGCAAAUUAUUACGGGGCCUUGUGACUAAAUCUGGUUUUAGUGCUUUUAGUAUUUCACUUGAUAUUGUACUUAUAUGGUGCCUAUUCCUAAAUAAAUUAAUGUUAGAUUAAUUUACAAUAAACUCACUGCUAAAUAUAACAUUGUACCCCAUGGGUUGGGGCCCACAGCUCCAUUUAGGCCCUGGGACCCCCUAGUGGAUUAAUAGACCCAGCAAUGGAAGUAAUGCAACCACAAAGUCAUUAAAGCCAUUUCUAGAAAGAAUUGUGUAAUUCGCUAGCAGUUACAGAGCGAAUGGAGCCAGUGUUGGUACGCAUCCAACUAAUUAAUUCCAGUUAUUUGCUAGUGUAAUUUGGCAACAUGCACACAUUUCAAGAUGUGUGUUUCCAAUAUUAAAUUGAUAAUGCAUUAGUAAUAAUCUAUUAUUUAAGUUAAAUUUGGACUGUUUUAUAGAAAUUUCUCUGUAAAUCAACAAAUGCUAUAAAACUUUACAGUUCAGACCUGUACAAUAAAGUGUUACCAAAACUUCUGCUCACAUAAAUAGACCCUCUGAUAUCAGAUGCUUUAAGUCUACUGUUCUGUUGAGAGCUACAGUAUGUGUCUGGACUGUUGUCAGAUCUGUAAAUCUUACAUCACUGGACCCAACAUUUAGAUCAUCAUUUGUUUUCCGCGUGCCGAGUCUAAAUAUUGGUUUCAUGUCGAUUCUGAAUUGUGUUCCUCAUUUUAUCUGACGGUUUGGCUACUUGAUGUGACUGUUGAGGUUAGUUUGAAAAGAACAAACCCAUGUUUUGCUGUGUGGAGUCCAGCGGCAGAGCUUCGUGUCUGGUGUGUAGCAUCACGCGUGGAGCUCCUCGUGUGCGGGGCUCGGUCUAAUCACUGUGAACAGACAGCAGACGGUUCCCCACGAUUCCCCCACUCUGUCUUCUACACAACAGGAGAUGAAUCUCUGUGCUCACCCCCUUUUUAGCUGCUGUAUUUAUGAGGAGAAGGCGUCAUUAUGGAUGUAUUUGUCACUGAAUGAACGUUUAUUUUCUUUUGCAGAGUACGUUUGUUGAACAAAUGGAAAUGUACAGAUGAGUGCUAUUUAUGUUUGCUUGCUCAGCUCUUUCUUUUCCUCCACCCUCCUGCCUUUGCACCGAGCUGUAGACGAUGUCCCGUUUGUGUCCGUGUUUGAAACGUCAUGACAUGGAUCAAAGGGAAAGUUUUCCUAAGGAUUUGUCUCUUGAGAACCCACUUUGUAAUGUUUGCUUCAUGUAAAGGUGCAAUAGCUGUCAACUUUCUUUUUUUUUUUGGCUGUGAAUGUCCCUGAAAUGACUACUUGUGUGAUGCUAAGCUUGCCGCACCUGUAGCUUAAACUGUACAAGAAAAAUACCAGUUAAAGUUGGGGUUAAUUUCAGCACAAUUUUCGUAAUCCAGGAACAAAGAUUUUCUGCCCAAAAGAACCAAACUUUGACGCUGAAAGUGGGCAAACAAUCCCUUGAACCACAGGUAUAAUAUCGUAAGUCCCUCCCACUGCCCCCACCCCCCCAGAAGAAUAGAGUGUUGGCAGGCAGUGCAAUCUACUACUGAGCUGUCUGUCGGUGUCUGUAGCCUCUUUUUAUUUAAGUUCAUUUCUGUCAGAUCUGAACCAGAGUUGUUAAUUUAAAGAACUUUUUUGUAAUGUGUUUGUUGAAAGAGAGUGACAUUGCACUGACAUGAAAACAUGUACAUAAAAAAAAUGUGUUUUGUAAAUAAGCCAAUGAAAACUAUGUAUUUGAAUAUGAACUGUACAAAAUACUGUACUUGUAGUUGUAUAUGGAGUGAUACUGUUGAUCUGUAACAAAAUACCCAAGCAACAAAUUAAAUUCUGCAGAGGAAAUGA